AUGACAGUUGCUGGACGUUCUACUGGGAUAACAACGGUAAGGACAGUGGUGUUGGAACCGGUUGCAUCAGAGAUUCAAACACGGGCGAGUGUGGCUGCGAAAGAUCAAGUGACGGCAAAUUUCUGGUCGGCCGAGACGACUGCACGCGGAUUUUUGCCGCGCUCUCGCUGGUUACUGGGGGGUAUCUACGUGGCUGACGAAGCUAAUGCGAAAAUCUUGUCCCGUUCGCUGCGCGUUUUUGUAACAGGAAGUCAAGUUGUUUGGGACUACCAGAUUCAUUUCAAAGGCACUGAAAGAAAUGAUUACGACUACCGUUCCAAGCUGCAUGAUCUCAAUCAACGCAUUGCCCAACGACUCCUUCACUUGUGCUUCCAGAACGGAGGAAUUUACACAAAAUUUGGCCAGCAAUUAGCCACGUUCAACCAUGGACUGCCCAAGGAAUAUACGGAGACUUUAGCUCAGCUACAGGACCAAGCCAAACCAGUGUCAUUUGAAGAGAUCACACAGACUAUCGAAGCAGAGAUGGGACGGCCUUGGCAACAGAGCUUCAAGGAGUUGAACGAGACUCCAAUUGCUUCUGCAUCGCUAGCUCAGGUGCACCAUGCGUUGGAUCACCAAGGACGUAAACUGGCUGUGAAAGUUCAGUACCAACAUUUGGAGUCACAAAUGAAAGCGGAUAUCCAAGUAAUCAAGUGGGCCUUCCAGUUGACAGAGUAUUAUUUUCCUGACAUUCAAAUCCAGUGGCUCUUUCCGGAAUUUAAGGAAGCUCUCUUAUCGGAGCUGGACUUUGAAAACGAAAAGGACAACAGCCGGCGCAUUGCAGCUUGCUUCAAACACAAUACCGGCGUUCAUGUGCCAAUCGUAUACGACGAGCUAAGCACGAAGAGAAUGAUGUCAAUGGAAUUUAUCAGUGCACCAAAGAUUUCGGAAGUCGAUGCAAUCCGGAAACUUGGCCUUGAUCCACCUGAAACUGCACGUGCGCUGUGUGAAGUGUUCAGUGAAAUGGUCUUUUGCCAUGGAUUUGUCCAUUGUGAUCCACAUGCAGGCAACAUUUUUGUACGUCGCAAUCCUGAUCCUCAAGCCAAGCGUAAAGAACAGCUCGUCUUACUUGACCACGGACUAUACCGCGAGCUGGACACUGAAUUCCGCAAAACAUAUUGUGACUUAUGGAGAGCAAUGCUAAUGCGCGAUAAUGCUCUUUUGGACGACUGCGGCAAGAAGCUGAACGUCGGAAAACUUGCAAAGUACUUACCGUUACUGUUUACGUACCGAAUGAUGCGUCACAAGGGACGCCUGGACGCAGCAAUGAGUGAGCCCGAGCGCAAUCGACUUUAUGAUGAUUUCAAAAGUGUGCGUUUUUCGAAUGUCACUGACUUCUUAGAGCACCUUCCGAGGGAUAUGCUAUUUAUCUUCCGAACAAACAAUAUGAUUCGGGCUCUAAACAAAGACUUAGGAGGAACAACGAGGGAACGAUUUUCGAUCAUGGGAAGCUAUGCCGUGAGCGGGCAUUCUGCCUUUCACUUCGCUUCUGCUGAAGCAGGAUACGUAUGUUAUGGAAGGAAAACCUACCGCUAA